AAGAAGAAGCGUUUCCGGUUGUAGUCAAAACAAGAGGGAGGAAUGUCCGCCUCAGAGGAAAUCAAGCGUCUGGAAUAUUUAUCUCUGGUGUCCAAGGUUUGCACGGAGCUGGAGAAUCAUCUGGGGAUAAGCGAGAAGGAUUUAGCGGAAUUCGUCAUCAGCCUCGCGGAGACGCACCCGACGUUUGAGGAGUUCAAAUCUGUGCUGACGCAAAAUGGAGCAGAUUUCACCGACACCCUCAUCGGAAAUGUACUUCGUCUCAUUCACACUAUGCGGCCGUCGCCGUCCACGAGCAAAGCAGAGGUGAAGCCACAGAGCGAGCAGCAGCAGCUGAAGGAGAAAUAUCCUGCUCUGUGCCAACCGGAUGAUCCUGUGUGGAGGGCUCCACCUGUUCACAUCAACAAAGACGAUGAGCAGGUCGCUGCAGCUGCCAUGAAGGAGCUGGAGAUGCUAAUGCCUAAUAUUUGUGGGACGAGCUCUGACAGCAGAGGUCGAGAUGCAGGCAGAGAAAGCGGACGUAAGCGAAGUCGAUCUCGCUCCAGAUCAAGAGACCGUGUUGAAGAAACAAACCCCAAGCCGAAAAGGAAACGCCCAUCUCGCUGGAGUGACCAUCCGCCGAGCCCGGAGAGAGACAAAGACAACAACGCUCACAAGAAAGAGGCGGAGGAGGAGGAGCGCAGGAACAGCAGACCCGUGGACAGGCCUCUGUCAGACGAGCCUGUCGUGGGAGACAUCUACAACGGCAAAAUUAGCAGCCUGAUGCAGUUUGGUUGUUUCGUGCAGCUGGAGGGCCUCAGAAAACGCUGGGAGGGUCUGGUGCACAUCUCAGAAUUGCGCAAAGAAGGACGUAUUGCAAAUGUGGCUGAUGUGGUCACCAGAGGCCAAAAGGUGAAGGUCAAAGUGCUGUCAUUCACAGGAAGCAAAACCAGCCUGAGCAUGAAGGAUGUUGACCAGGAGACGGGGGAGGACCUGAAUCCCAACCGAAGAAGGAACCUGGACACUGGAGUGAGAGAUGAACCCAUGAGGAAUCCCGAUCGCCCCACGGAGGCCAAUCUGAUAGAAGUCGAGGACAAUCCAACGGAACACAAACGGCUCGCCAAGAUAACUGACCUGGAAAAGUGGGAGAUUAAACAGAUGAUUGCAGCCAAUGUUCUUCCUCGAGAAGAGUUCCCAGAAUUUGACGAGGAGACGGGAAUCCUUCCCAAAAUAGACGAGGAUGAAGAUGAAGAUGUCGAGAUCGAUCUGGUUGAAGAGGAGCCACCAUUCCUCCAGGGACAGACAAAAUGGACCUUGAACAUGAGCCCAGUCAAAAUAGUGAAGAAUCCAGAUGGCUCUCUCUCCCAAGCAGCCAUGAUGCAGAGCGCUCUGUCUAAGGAGAGACGAGAGCUGAAGCAGGCGGCUCGCGCAGCAGAGAUGGACUGUAUCCCUACCGGUCUCCACAAGAACUGGAUCGACCCCAUGCCGGACUAUGAAGGAAGGCAGAUCGCUGCCAACAUGAGGGGCAUCGGCGCGAUGCCUGUUGACGUCCCGGCGUGGAAACGAUACGCCUUUGGAGGGAACCAGGUUUCUUACGGCAAGAAGACGGAACUUUCCAUCCUGCAGCAGAGAGAGAGCUUACCCAUUUUCAAACUUAAGGAGCAGCUCAUUCAGGCUGUCCACGACAACCAGAUCUUGAUUGUUGUUGGAGAAACUGGCUCCGGUAAGACCACACAGAUCACUCAGUACCUGGCAGAGGUGGGCUACACCUCCCGGGGGAAGAUUGGUUGUACGCAGCCCCGUCGAGUAGCCGCCAUGUCAGUGGCCAAGAGAGUCUCUGAGGAGUACGGCUGCCGUUUAGGCCAAGAGGUGGGUUACACCAUUCGUUUUGAGGACUGCACCAGCACAGAGACCGUGAUCAAGUACAUGACCCACGGUAUGCUGCAGAGGGAGUGUCUGGUGGACUCGGACAUGAGCCAGUAUUCCCUCAUCAUGCUCGACGAGGCCCACGAGAGAACAAUCCACACCGACGUCUUAUUCGGCCUCCUCAAGAAGACGAUACUAAAACGUAAAGACCUGAAGCUGAUCGUCUCCUCUGCAACACUGGAUGCUGUCAAAUUCUCCCAGUACUUCUUUGAAGCACCCAUCUUCACCAUCCCGGGAAGAACCUUCCCAGUGGAGGUGCUUUACACCAAAGAGCCCGAGACAGACUACCUGGACGCCAGUCUCAUCACCGUCAUGCAGAUCCAUUUAACUGAGCCUCCGGGUGACAUCCUGGUGUUUCUGACCGGACAGGAAGAGAUCGACACGGCCUGUGAGAUCCUGUACGAUCGGAUGAAGUCGCUGGGGCCAAACGUGCCCGAGCUGAUUAUUCUGCCCGUUUAUUCGGCCCUGCCCAGCGAGAUGCAGACCAGAAUCUUCGACCCUGCACCGCCGGGCAGCAGAAAGGUCAUCAUUGCCACUAAUAUUGCGGAGACGUCUCUGACCAUCGAUGGGAUCUACUACGUUGUGGAUCCUGGUUUCGUCAAGCAGAUCGUGUAUAAUUCCAAGACCGGCAUCGACCAACUUUUGGUGACUCCCAUAUCACAGGCUCAGGCCAAGCAGAGGGCGGGGCGAGCCGGCAGAACGGGCCCAGGGAAGUGUUACAGACUCUACACAGAGAGAGCCUACAGAGACGAGAUGCUCGUAUCCAACGUGCCCGAGAUCCAGAGAACCAACCUGGCCAGCACUGUGCUGUCUCUGAAGGCCAUGGGCAUCAAUGACCUCCUGGCUUUCGACUUCAUGGACGCUCCUCCCAUGGAGACUCUGAUCAUAGCCAUGGAGCAGCUCUACACUCUGGGAGCUCUGGACGAUGAGGGUUUACUCACCAGGCUCGGUAGAAGGAUGGCCGAGUUUCCUCUGGAGCCGAUGCUGUGUAAGAUGUUGAUCAUGUCCGUCCACCUGGGCUGCAGCGAAGAGAUGCUCACCAUCGUCUCCAUGUUGUCUGUUCAGAACAUCUUUUAUCGACCAAAGGACAAACAGGCGCAGGCUGACCAGAGGAAGACCAAGUUCUUUCAGUCGGAGGGAGACCACCUCACACUGCUGGCUGUCUACAACUCCUGGAAGAACAACAAGUUCUCCAACCCCUGGUGUUUCGAGAACUUCAUCCAGGCUCGUUCAUUAAAGAGAGCGCAGGACAUUCGGAAGCAGAUGCUGAGCAUCAUGGACAGGCACAUGCUGGACGUGGUGUCUUGUGGAAAAAGUACCAUGCGGGUCCAGAAAGCUAUUUGCAGUGGUUUCUUCAGAAACGCAGCCAGGAAGCACCCGCAGGACGGCUACCGGACCCUGAUUGACCAGCAGGUGGUGUACCUGCACCCCUCCAGUACUCUGUUCAACCGCCAACCAGAGUGGCUUGUGUAUCAUGAGUUGGUGCUGACCACCAAGGAAUACAUGCGGGAGGUGACCACCAUCGACCCUCGCUGGCUGGUGGAGUUCGCCCCGGCUUUCUUCAGGGUCGCUGACCCCACGCGCCUCAGUCGACAGAAGCGGAUGCAAAAACUGGAACCUCUCUACAACCGCUACGAGGAACCCAACGCCUGGAGGAUCUCCCGCGCCUUCAGACGCCGCUGAAGACUCGUCGGUCUCAUACCAGGGGGACGUUACAGACUGAGCCGGUUAACGGCUGAAAAAGACAAUUUGAUUUCAUGGUUUAAUUUUGCUUUGUCGAUUUUAAAAUCUUGGUAAUUGUCUUGUAAGAAUAUUUUUUUUUCUGAUGUCGGUUUUUCAUCGUCACAGAUAAACACUGGAUGCACUUUAA